AAAAGAAAACGCGGUGAAGUUUGAAAGUGGUUUAGCUUCCUACCGUGCCCGCAAUUUCUUUGUCCAUUCUGAUUAACACAUCGUCUUGUACAACCUUUUGAUUGUUAAAACUGUGAAGAACAUUCCACUUAAACUUUUUACGGCGGAGACAUGUCGCUGAUACUUGUUAGUUUUAACUUCUUUCAUCUUACGCACCUAGGAACUCCGGUUCAGGUCUGUCUACUCAUGUUUUCUGUCGUGUGGAAUUAGCACUUUGUUGUUAGUGCUUAUGGUGUUUUUGCAACACAUAGGCUUUUGUGCUCCUUGGUUUUGGAUAACAGAUACGUUUCUUAACCUUUUUGUCACAUCGAAAGUCUUCUUGUUACUACUAAAUAUUAUCGUUAUUAGUUUGACAACGCUCAUGUUUCGGGCUCGACUGUCAGGUAAAGUAUGAAAUUUCAAUAAUAUUUCAGUGACGGACCGUGUUUUCCGUAAUACGUAUCAGAUAUGUGGGGCUUUCUUCAUCUGGAGCGAUUUUAAAAUCCUUUUUUCUAGCAUGAUACUGGGUGCAAUAAAUAGUCUGGUAGUAGCCAAACUCCUAGCAACUGAGAAAUACGGGUCAUUUUUUGAAUACAAUCAUUUUCCUUCCGUGAACCAAAGAGCACUUACACUUACAGCUUGUGGAGCUUUUAUGGGUCUACUGUUUUGUAUUACAGUGCUCGUCAUGAAUAAACUGACGCUUAACUACUCAUAUCCAGUUGGCAACAUAUUUGUGAUAACAAAGGAGCAUAUGUUUACUCGUCUUCUCACAACCGUCGGAAGAGUAUUAUAUUUCUUGCCACUCUAUGCAGUAUGCCCUAAUCCAUUUUGGCAUCCCCAAUGGUAAUUUCAGUUACAAGAAUAAUUCACACUUAAGGCUCUCCUUUAUUUGGCUUAUUUUGGAUAUUCGGUUAAUUAUUUUGAUUCUGAUCACAACCUUUCACCUCCAGUUUUCGUGGAGUUGUGCGAUUGAUGUCCUGAAGUCGCAGUUUCAGAAACCUAUCGAAAUCCCGUUAUUCUCUGACCUUGACCCUUCCAAUUCAGUCCAAGGAGUUCUAGGUGCUUGUGCUAAUCCUUUAGGACAACAUUUGGCUUUGGAAAGAUUGGCUGAUUUGGUGGCUACCAAUCAAAAUGUGAGGUCUUCCAUAUUUUCGCUCAGUCACUUGGGUGGUAGGCCUAUAUUAUGGAGGCAAAUAAGUAAUUUAUGUUUCCAGUUAAUUGAGCAGUUUGUGUCAAGUGCUCAUGAAUCAAAUACUCGUGGAACAAACCUGUUAAGUACACGACUCCCCCUGUUGACCAGCUAUUCUAUCCUUUGAUCCUGUUCACUGGGACCACACUAACUCAAACAAAUGAUCUCGAUUCGCAUCACAUAAGUUCGCCAUUCUCACUGUCUGUCCAGGUCGAAUAUUUUCAGAUACCAGACGAGUUGUAUAUAGUAACGCUACAGUCCCAUUUACUUUUCUCAUUUUUCGAUAGGCAUUUCUAGUGUAUACUGAAACCAUUUGUGCUUGUCAAUUCUCAUGAUCCCACGUUUGUAACAUCUAUACGCCAAUGCACCAUAAUUCAGAUUUUUUCGCUUAUUUUCAGCUCUUUGGCCCAAAAAUAUUGACUUUAAAUAUAGACAGUAUCUACCCUCAUCAUUUGAAUCAAAUCUGCGUCAACGCAACAGCGUUAAAGUAAAACAAUUGUCUGCUACUAAUGGAAAUGUGUCUGGUAUGCAACCUUCCGGGUCCAUAAUUGCUCGAAAUUUAAUAAAUGUUGGUCGCACUCUGCUUUCUAAGUUAUACACACGAUUGUCUAGAACACAACUGUUCAGUAUUUUAUCUCCGGAAAUACCCUAUGCUUCGACAGCACACCUUUUCUCAACUGCUACAGAUAUUGAACAUGCAGACGACUUGGACAUCGAUAGACCGCUAGCACGAACAAGUGGUCAAGUUAUUAUCUGGGCAACAGAAAUCUUAGCUUGUUUGACACUGGCCGCUUACAAUGAAGACCAAUUUGGAUCGGUUCAACAGUCUCUUGGGCGGAUCUUACUGCUUUUUGUGGAUGGAUUAGAGGCAGUUGAAAAGCAUUUGAGGUUCGUCGGUUUGCUCUCCACUCAGUACAAACAGUCAGUAAACUAUCCAGUUCCUGACAGCUCAUAUACAAGUACAAUGUUAUCCGCUGGACAUCUUCAAACUCCAUUAAGAAGUUCGAAGCGACUUUCAGGCGAUUCAUUCCUUCCAAAUGAUUUAUGUAAAUUAACGUAUUAUCGUUUUGCAUCCGAUGCCAGUCUACCAUGGCGUGUUUAUGCAACGUUUUGUUGGGCUCUAACAAACUGUCUAAGUCAAUAUGAUGGCUGUUUUGCAACCUUAUCACUCGACAAUAAAUCGAAGGAAAGAUUACAACUACUGAAAUCAUCUUGUUGUACAAUGAAAGAAAACCUAAGUUAAUAUACAUUUUCGUCAUAUUUUUAUGAUACAGAUUUACAUGCAUUUACUAUUAAACCUGCCAAAAGAUGUUAAAUAAAAGUAUGUAGUACCGCAG